AUGGAUAACAAAGGGAGAUUAUACCACUGUGAUGUCUGUUCAUCGGACUGUACCAAUCGUAUAAGAAUAACGUGCGCUAUCUGUACUGACUAUGAUCUAUGUGUGCCCUGUUUCGCAGCUGGUUCUACAACAGGGGACCAUAAGCCAUGGCACGAUUAUCAAAUCAUCGAGCAAAACACGUACCCGAUAUUUGACGAAGACUGGGGUGCGGACGAAGAGUUGCUCUUGAUCCAAGGAUGCGAAACAUUUGGCUUGGGGAACUGGCAAGAUAUCCUGGAUCAUAUUGGCAGUAGAUCGAAGGAGGAAGUUGCUAAGCACUAUUUUGACGUGUACUUAAAUUCCAGAGAGUAUCCUCUCCCUGAGAUGAACAAGGACUUUACAAAUAUAUCACCAACGGAAUUCUUAAUCAAAAGAAAGGAGAGAUUGGAGGUCAGGAAGAACUUACCGUUACCCCCUCCAAAGACCAAGCCAGUGGCAUCAGUUCCGCUUUGUCAUGAAAUUCAAGGGUAUAUGCCUGGGAGAUUGGAAUUCGAUCAUGAAGCAGAGAACGACGCUGAAGUGCCCGUGAAGGAUAUGAUUUUCGAUCCAGAUGAUCUGACUGGCGACAUAGAAUUGAAGUUGACCAUCUUGGACAUAUACAAUUCGAGGUUAACCACCAGAGCAGAGAGGAAGAGGAUCAUGUUGCUUAACAAUUUGUUAGACUACAGGAAGAACAUCAGCAAUGACAAGAGAAAGUCCAAAGAAGAAAAAGAAUUCAUGAAGCAGAUCAAUGCAUUUAUAAGGGUCAUGACGCCUGACGAUUUUGAGUCCUUCCUGAGAGAUUUGCUAACGGAAUUGAAGUGCAGAAUCAAGAUUCAGCAGCUUCAGAAUUGGAGAAGAAAUGGGAUAACUACAUUGGAAGAUGGGAACAAGUUUGAGAAGGAUAAGUUGAUCAGGGCUGCGCAGUACCAAAGGAUGGGGAAUGGAUCUGGGUUGGCAGCAAGACACGCCACCUCUGGCACAUCUUCAUUCAAUGGCUCCACACCCAACACGCCCAAUGGAGGUAUCAGCAGCGGUAGAAAGACGUACCUGUCCAAUGCAACCUCACCUCCACCCGACUUCAAGCCCAAGAUUUCCAAUAACAGAGUACCGUUGGAUAUCUCGCACGCCGCGGACUUCGAUUUGCUCUCAGAUGAAGAGAAGCAGUUGUGUGCCACGUUAAGAAUGUUGCCAAAGCCAUACUUGGCUAUAAAAAAUCAGUUGAUGAAGGAGGCGGUGAAGAACAAUGGUGUGUUGAAGAAGAAAGAUGCCAGACAGUCAUUGAAGAUCGAUGUCAACAAGGCGUCCAAGAUCUAUGAGUUUUUUGUACAAAUGGGAUGGUGUACACAAGGAUAG